CAACAAGACCAAGAAGGGAGUUUGGGGGGUUUAUGAGUGUUGGUAAAACCGCAAAAAAAUCGUACAUUUAUACCCUUUUACUCGAUGGUCCGGUUGUGUGGUCAGAAAAUUUGCAAUAUGGUAUAUAUAGAGAUGAAGGUGUAAGGGGUUUAACCACUGUUCUCUCAUUUUCUUUUUUGUGGUUUUUGUAUAUACAUAUAGAUAUACAUAUAUAGUGGUGGGGUUUUGUUUGGCAUUGUCAUUUCACAACAUAAUAAUAAUAAAAAAAAAUAUAUGUAUAGGGAGAGAGAGAGAGAGAGAAAAGUGAAGAGAGAUUCUUCAUCUAAAUUCUUAAUUCAAUUCCCUUAAUUCUUUUCCAUUUCACCGUAGAUCUAUCUGUUGAUACAUUCUUCGUUUAAACGAUUUGUUUUUGGUAAAAUUUGACAUCAGGAGGAGAAUUCGGUGAUAUAGUGUCAAACCCAGAAAGACAUUUUCUUUUACAGCCAAGAUAAUGCAAUGGUAAUGAUUUGAGGGUCCUUAUUGGAUAUGGUGUUGAAGAAAAGAUUAGAAUACGGUUUCCAUGGCUUCCAGGUCCCCACAAUACCUAGAGCUCCCAGAUCAGCUAGGAGGAGGGGCCCAAAUAAGAAGAAAACAGAGGAUAGCCAAAUUUGUGCAUUUGAAUUAUUGGCUUCUUUAGCUGGCAAGUUAUUGCAGGAGAGUGAAAGUUCUUCAGCUUGUAGUAAUGCAUCGGAAGGAAAUCAUCGAAGUUUCGAUGAAGAUGUUAUUAAGCAUGAGAGGCAUGCUGAAGAUACGUUAUUGAAAGAAGAGUGCUUUGACCAGGGGAGUUCUGAAGAGAGUGCUUUUGCAUCUGAGAUCUCUUCACAAAACAUUGGUCAGAAGUUACUUUCAAAGAGAUUCUUACAUUCUGAGAGAGAUGUUGUUUCAGAACGCACUUCAAAUCGAGCUGACUUGGUUAAUGUUAUUCCCACAUUCCACAAUUGUCCUCCUAAAGUAGAGACUGGUACCUUGAGUAAGGCUAACCUAUGCAACUCCAAAGACCCAAUGGAGUUGCAAGUAGAAUUUCCCACAAUGGUCAAUUUGGAAAAUGAUGUCAAAUUGCCAUCGCUUAGGGAACAUGUUUCUAAUGCUUCUUUUUCCAAGCAUAGGAAUGACAUUAAAUUAGUUGGUAGAGAUGAUGACGAAAACUGUGCAGGACAAAAUAAAUCCAGCACUAAAGUGAAGGCAUUUAGGCCUUCAGUGCGUAUCGGAGACCGUAAAAUAAGAAAGUUGCUUACAUCCAAGUACUGGAAGGUGGCCCCGAAAUUGAGGGACUGCGAAAGCUUUAGAUCUGAUGGUGGAAUGAAACCUCUGUAUAACAAGAGAAAAAGCUGUUACAGCCGUGACAGAUAUCAGCAUAACACUUUCUAUAAGAGGAGGAAAUUAUUUGACCGUGGCUCAGUGGUGCUAUCCGAUGGAGGGUUCAGUAGUGAAAGUGUUUCUAACUCACCGGAGAAGGGAAAAAGUGGGGAAAAGAAUGGCUUUAACGGAAUGCUACAUGGAGCAGCCGGGGUAUCUUCUUCAGUCAUUAGUCGCCAAGGAUCUUUUCACUCUAAGGAUUCUCAUGUGAAACUAAGUAUUAAAUCCUUCAAGAUACCAGAGCUUUUCAUUGAGGUCCCAGAAACUGCAACCAUAGGUUCAUUGAGGAGGACAGUUAUGGAGACAGUUACUGCUAUUCUUGGAGGUGGGUUACACGUUGGGGUACUUCUUCAAGGGAAAAAGGUUAAAGAUGACAACAAAACUUUACACCAGACUGGUAUAUCGUGCAAAGACAAUCUCGAUGGUCUUGGUUUUACACUAGAGCCCAACACUAUGCCGGCUUCUCCGUCCAUAUACACUGAUGAUCCACUUCCUUCUCUGUCUUGUGAUGAACCUGAAACGUUGAGGUCCCUGGGCGCACCCCUUGUAGAUUCAGUGAUUUCUGAUGCCUUGUUUGAAACCACUCUGCCCUCGACCAAUACAGGAACUCUUGUUGAAAGUAAUCUUGAAUCAGUUUCCUGCCAUAAUGACUCAUUAACUGACAACAUCAUGUCAGAUUCCCGAGCUCUAGUUGUGGUUCCUGCAAUAAGCAUGGAGGCACUGGCUGUUGUUCCCGCUAACAAAAAAUCUAAGAGAUCUUCUGAGCUUGCACAGCGUCGUACCAGGAGACCAUUCUCUGUGACAGAAGUUGAAGCAUUAGUUGAAGCAGUUGAGGAGCUUGGAACUGGAAGGUGGCGUGAUGUUAAAUUGCGUGCUUUUGAGGAUGCUGAUCAUCGAACUUAUGUGGACUUGAAGGAUAAGUGGAAGACAUUGGUCCACACAGCGAGAAUUUCUCCUCAGCAAAGGAGGGGAGAACCCGUUCCUCAGGAACUCUUGGACCGAGUAUUGGCUGCUCAUGCAUACUGGUCUCAGCAUCAAGCUAAGCAACAGGGCAAGCAGCCGAGCGGUAGUUUGAAGAUUACGGACUCUCCAGUAGACAGAAAUGGUGUGGAAGGUAGUCAUUCAUCAUGAUGUAAAGGUAAAGGAAACUAAAGCAAGAAAAUAAUGUUGACAGAAACAGGGGAAACCAAAACAAAUGUACAAAUCACGAAACUUUGUAAUAUUAUCACACUCACUUUUAUUCAUUGCCAACUUCAUUGUCAAUAGAGAUUGGCCUUUGUAAAUGGUUUGUUGGAAUAAGAUGAUUCUAACAAGAACUUAAUCUCUUUUUUUUUUUUUAGAUUUAAUUGAUUCAUUUCCACAAAUUUGUGAAUCGUUAUGUAGAAAUUUGAAAGGACAGUAAUGUAGCUCUUCUAUUGUCUUUAAUUAGUCACUUUCUUCUUUUUCUUA